CGGCUUCCGUGUUGCCGCCCGAGAAGCCGGAGCCCGGGCGGUAGCUCAGGCUGUGACGGGGUCGGACCCGGAGUUGGGGCCGGAGUCAGGACCGGGCCUGGGCUGAGGCGGCGGGCGCUGCGUCCCUGCGAGAUGGACGCGACAGAAGGCAGUGCCGGGCCGCCUGGCCCCGCGGAGCUGUCCCACCGAAGCAGCGUGUCCUCCGUGGGAGCCCGAGCAGCUGACGUGCUGGUGUACCUGGCGGAUGACACGGUGUUGCCCCUGGCUGUCGAUAACCUGCCCGCACUCAGUGCCCACGAGCUACACCGCACAGUCCGCGAGGUCCUGCAGCUCCCGGACAUCGCCGUGGAUGCCUUUGCGCUCUGGCUUGUCUCCCCUCUCCUGGAGGUACAGCUGAAGCCCAAGCACCAGCCCUACAAGUUGGGCCGCCAGUGGCCGGAGCUGCUACUGCGUUUCACUGAUGCCCCGGACGAAGACCUGGCCAUGGACGAGCCUUCCCUGCAGUUCCGAAGGAAUGUGUUUUUCCCCAAGCGACGGGAGCUACAGAUUCGCGACGAGGAGGUCCUACGGCUGCUCUAUGAGGAGGCCAAGGGCAACGUGCUGACCGCGAGGUACCCGUGUGACGUGGAGGACUGCGAGGCCCUGGGCGCCCUGGUGUGCCGUGUGCAGCUCGGGCCCUACCAGCCCGGCCAGUCUGCUGCCUGCACCCUGAGGGAGAAGCUGGACUCCUUCCUCCCUGCCCACCUCUGUAAGCGGGGCCAGGGCCUCUUUGCUGCCCUCCGGGGCCGUGGGACCAAGGCUGGGCCUGGCGAGCAGGGCCUGCUGAAUGCCUACCGUGAGGUGAAAGAAGUGGUCGGCAGUGACGGUGAGGGGGAGAACCCCCUGAGCAUCCACUAUCGCGCCUACCUCUUCAAGUGCCACGAGCUGCCGUUCUAUGGGUGUGCCUUCUUCCACGGCGAGAUUGACAAACCAGCCCAGAGCUUCUUGCACCGGGGCGGGCGUAAGCCAGUGACCGUGGCCAUCAGUCUGGAGGGCGUGCAUGUCAUCGACUGCCGGGAGAAGCACGUUCUGCUGGGCCUGCGCUUCCAGGAGCUGUCAUGGGACCACACCUCCCCCGAGGAGGAGGAGCCUGUGCUGUGGCUGGAGUUUGAUGGGGAGAGCGAGGGCAUGCCUGUCAACAAGCUCCUCAAGAUCUACUCCAAGCAGGCCGAGCUGAUGAGCAGCCUCAUUGAGUACUGCAUCGAGCUGAACCAGGCUGUGGAGCCCGCUGCCCCCCAGGACAGUGGGUCUGGCCCCACCUCGGCCCCAGGUGCCUCGCCGCCUCCCACACAGCGGCCCAAGCUACUGAGGCAAGGCAGUGUGGUAUGCAGCCGGAUCCAGCAUCUCUCCACCAUUGACUACGUGGACGAUGGCAAGGAGAUCAAGCGGGUGAAGCCAAAGCGCACCACGUCCUUCUUCAGCCGGCAGCUCUCCACAAGCCAGGGGAGCUACAACAUGGUGCAGCCAACCGACAGCCUGGAGCAGGGCUGAGGGCGGCAGCUCAGACAGAAGAGGGUGCAUGGAGCCCCCCAGGACCUGGCCUUGCCCUGUCCUCUCUGAGGGACAGGUGGGCCGAGUUAGUCCCCGAAGGUGUGUGUGCCUGGGGGGCACCCCUGUUGCUCAGAGUCUGCAGGUGUUUCAGACCAUGGACCAGGGACUUUGGGCCAGGGCCGAUGCCGGGGCCUGUAGAGUCGGCAGUUGGGCCUCCCCUCGGGACCCCUCAUACAGACCCCCUCCUUUCCCUGAACUCUGGACCCAGCCACCCGCUUCUACCCACAGACCUCCUUUGUUUCCCUCUCAAGAUGGACAGUGUCCCCUGCUCUGAAGUGCCUGCUGCUAUCUCACCCGGUGGCAUCUCCGGUGACAGGUUGCCGAGGAUAGGCCUUGGGACCUGCAGGUCCGGUCUGUGCCUUUGGUCCUUCCCCUGGACUUUGGUGACAUGUCCCCACAUUCCUUCUGCUGGCAUUCCACCCCACACUGCCAGGCUGGGCCAUGCUCUGGGAGGCAGGGGAGGGGCCUCCCUCAACUGAACUGCAGCAGAAACUGAGAUGAUGAGGGACACUCCCACACCCUCCCUGGUUGGACUGGUUCUUGGAACCAUGGCCCCAGGCACACUGGGUCACUGUGUCUCCUGGGCUGGGGGUGCUCUGCUGGGACUGGCAGGAGGGGUCAGAGCCCAACUCAGGUGGAACCCUCAGUCUCGCAGGCAUGAGAUUUUCUAGCCAGAAGGAAAAUGCCUUUUGUGACAUCUUUGCGCUGGGGGUGGGGGGUAUCCUGUGGAAGAACAAGCCUACCAGCCUCACUCCCUGCUCUGUGGAAAGCUUCCAGAAGACCCUUUAGCCUGGGCGGCUCCCUUUACCGAACCACCCAAUCCCAUCAUUUCUCCCGUGGUGUUCUGGGUCUUGGUUUUUUUUUAUCUGCUUUGAUUCCAUGAAGCUGGUGAGCUCUGGGUCAAAUCAAGAAAACAGCCCUUGUUUACCUCAGAGCCACUGGCUUGUCUUCAAAGACGUUGCCGGGGAUUUCCAGACAGCCUCUCCAUCUGGCCUGAGGCCUGAGCCAGCUGUGUAUGGGAUGUCCCGGCAACUGGAGAACAUCUCAUCUUAAGUAUGUUAUAAAAGGAGAUUUGAUGUGGGUACUUGGCUUUUCCCAUCUUUGUCCUCCUGGCCACACUGGCUCUGGGUCUUCCCAGAUGAGCCGACGGUGAGAGGAGGGCUCUCCUAGCUGGCACUGAGGUGGGUACUGCUGUACUGGCAGCUCCCAGCUGCUUCCUGGGCCUUCCCGCCGUAAGGAGGCAGAGCCUGGGUCAGCACGGGGCUUUACUUUGUCUUCCCCUCCCAAUGGUAAACCAGCGUGGGAAAGGAAAUGGGAGCCAGCAGGCACUCCAAGGCCAAGAGCCCAUUAGUACCCACUUGUCUGUCAUGUGAACACUCCAGGUGUUUGAGGCAGGCUGGCCUCCCACAGCAGGGACUUUGUUGUUUGUCAUAUCAGAUCAGUAAAGGAGAGGCUGGUGAGGUGUUCCCAGCUGUUUGGAAUGUCCCCGCCGGGGAGCGGGAGCUAGUUGCCACAUCUUGUCUUCCUUCUUGGAGUUGUUUGACCCACUGAGAGCUGCCCAGCCCAGUUCUCCUGGCACCUCCAGCCCUGUCAUCUUGGUCCCACUGACUGUUGAUUCCAGGCAAAUCUCUUAUCUGAUGGGCGGCAGGGGUGUGUGUAUGCGUGUGUGCGCAUGUGCGCAUGUUUGUUUACACCCGUGCGCAGAUGACGGGGUUUUUACUGUACUGCCUCUGUCUCCUGUUUUCUGACCAUCCAUUGUGCCUUAACCUUUUCGCCUGCCCUUUGGGACAAAGCAGGAUUUUACUAAAUGCCCUUGAAUAGUCUCAUUCUUUUGUAUCAUGUGAUUCAUUCAUAAUAAAAUCUGUUUCCAGCAAACCCAGGGAGGUUUAUGAUCUGAAAUGAGGUGUGCUCACUACAGACUGGUUGUUUCUAUUAGCUCUGCAUUGUAGGAGCCCUGGGGCUCUCCAGACCAGAUGCUGAUGGGCCCAGAGUCAAGUUCUCUCAUUCAGGCAGU